AUGGUUUACUUUGGCUCUGCCAGUUUUGAAUCCUGUGGGAGUGCGAUUCGAGUCACCAGAUUCGGGCAUCGGUGUACUUUGAUCUCGCACAAUGGUGGCACUUUAGACUUCUGUAAUUUUACUCACAAUCACUCUACUUACAUUCAAUCACACGAUCACUCUACUUACAUUCAAUUCACAAUCAUUUACUUUCACUCUCACUUACACUUUCAAUCACACGAUCACCAUACUAUACUUCAAUCACUCUACAUCUACUUUGAUCGUUUAAACUUCAUGACUCGUGAAGCAACAGUAGUAUACCAAUGCAUCAACUAUUUACAGACCAAUAAAUACCCGUCAGAGACUACUCAGGCCACCAUUCGGGAAUGCUUGGGCGAAUCAGCACAGUCGUGUCACCCACCACACAUUGAAAAGUUUUGCCCUGCUGAACAUCGUCCACAGAAGCAAGUAGAAAACCGAGGUUUUCCUCCACCGCAAGAAGCUUGGCCACUUUGCCACGGCGGCCCACUUUCCCUGUGGAUGCAAAAGGUGAACUUCCAACAGUGGCAGGUUGUGCCAUUUCCGACUCGUUUUCGUAUGCAAUGCUGA